CAUGUUGUUGUGACCCCACUCAUCUCCUUUUUUUCUCUUUCAAACCUCAUCAGCUUCACACACUUUCACACUUCACUGCUUUUUCAAAAAGACAGACAGAGACCUCGGUGAAAUCGAACAGCCCUAGCCUUUGCAGCCGGUGGUGAUGUCGGCUCCACCUCCGGUAUCCAACUCCACCUCUCCGCCAUCUCCUCCUCCUCUGGCCACCAACGCCACCUCUCCUCCGCCGUCUACCACCAAUGCUACAACUCCUCUGCCGCCGCUUCCGUCGACCACCAUCAACACAACUUUAAGCCCUCCGCUCCCCGGGCCGCCGGAGCCGCCGGAGCCGCCGAAAGGUGGAUUGCCGACGGCGGGGCUGGUGGGGCUGAUAGUUGGGAUAGGGAUCGGAGGGUUAAUUGUGCUGAUUGGCGUGGGUAUUUUCGUAAUUUGCUAUAGAGGAAAGAAUCGGAGGAGACAGGACGGUGAUGGUGGUCCUUCACCACCACAACCACAAGUACCUAAAACUAGAAAUGAGCAUUGGCAACAAAAUUCCCUGCCACCAAAAGAUGAUAAAGUAACAUUGUUUCCCAAGCCAACUCCUCCCCCGGGAGCUGUCCAUAGCCCCGAAAUGGUGCAAGUCACCACUCCCCCUGCAUCUUCUUUUACGACUAGUAGUAUGGACUCUGAUAAACCAUUGCCACCACCAUCCCCUGGCUACACCGCAGGUCUUUCACAGGGUACAUUUUCAUCUGAAGAAUUAGCCACUGCAACUAAUGGUUUCUCCAAUACCAACCUCCUUGGUCAGGGUGGUUUUGGUUACGUCCAUAAAGGAGUCCUUCCAAAUGGGAAAGUGGUUGCAGUUAAGCAGUUGAAAGCUGGCAGUGGACAGGGGGAGCGUGAAUUUAGGGCAGAGGUUGAGGUCAUUGGCCGUGUCCACCACAAACACCUUGUUUCACUGGUUGGAUACUGCAUUUCUGGGGCACAGAGAAUGCUUGUUUAUGAGUUUGUCUCAAACUACACGUUGGAUUUUCAUCUACAUGGAAAAGGGAGACCAACUAUGAACUGGCCAACCAGAAUGAAAAUAGCUCUAGGCUCUGCCAGAGGAUUGGCAUAUCUGCAUGAGGACUGCCAGCCUAAGAUCAUACACCGUGACAUCAAGGCAGCUAAUAUUCUCAUUGACGAUAAUUUUGAUGCAAAGGUUGCAGAUUUUGGGCUUGCUAAGAUUUCAUUAGAGACUGAUACUCAUGUCUCCACCCGAGUAAUGGGAACUUUUGGUUACUUGGCUCCAGAAUAUGCUGCUAGUGGAAAGCUCACUGAUAAGUCAGAUGUUUUCUCCUUCGGGGUUGUGCUUUUAGAGUUGAUUACUGGACGCCAUCCUAUCGAUAAAACUAAUUCCUUCACCGAAGAUAGCAUGGUUGAGUGGGCAAGGCCUUUGCUCUCACAAGCUUUGGAAAGUGGCAACUUUGAUGCUGUCGUUGAUCAAAGGUUGCAAAAUGAUUACAACUCUAGUGAAAUGGUUCGAAUGGUGGCUUGUGCUGCUGCUUGCGUGCGUCAUUCAUCCCGGCAUCGGCCAAGAAUGAGCCAGAUAGUUCGAGCUUUGGAAGGAAAUCUUUCUCUAGAUGAACUAAAUGAGGGAAUCAGACCUGGGCACAGCAGAACAUUUGAUUCCUUUGGGAGUGCAGAUUAUGAUAAUGGCCAAUAUAAGGAGGACUUGAAAAAAUUCAGAAAGAUGGCACUGGAAACCCAAGGGCUAGCCACUACUGCGGAGUACAGCGUACCUAGCAGCGAGGCUGUGGUGCAGCAAUCUGGCUCAAGCAGUGAAGGUCAACAAACUACCCAAGAGGUAGAAUUGGGAAAAGUUAAAAAUGAUGCCCAAGAUUUUGAUUAAAUCUCUUGCUUGGUGAUUCCAAUUUUCAUGUAAAUUCACCUACUUUUCCUGUCCUACCCGUGCGGAAAUUUAUAAAAUUAUCACGCCCUGGCCGGGCAUGAGAAACAAGCGUAGUACCCAGCCAUUUGACAGUAUUAGUUGAUUUUUUGGUACAGAAAACCUGCUUGAGGCAGAAUAGUUGUCCUAGUGGCAUAUUUAUUCAUCAAAAUCUUCAAGGUUCUGACACCAUUUUCUAGUGGAUUGGAUGGUUUGAGAUCUUGCAAUGUAGAGAAUUUCUUACUGAUACUCAAAAGGCUGCAAACUAAUUGUGAGUGGUGUAACUUGGUCAGCAUAGCUUAUUGGAGUAGGGACCAAGUAGAAAUUGUCCAGUUCCUAUAGGAUCCAUGUGCAAGUGGGCAUGAGAAACAAGCGUAGUACCCAGCCAUUUGACAGUAUUAGUUGAUUUUUUGGUACAGAAAACCUGCUUGAGGCAGAAUAGUUGUCCUAGUGGCAUAUUUAUUCAUCAAAAUCUUCAAGGUUCUGACACCAUUUUCUAGUGGAUUGGAUGGUUUGAGAUCUUGCAAUGUAGAGAAUUUCUUACUGAUACUCAAAAGGCUGCAAACUAAUUGUGAGUGGUGUAACUUGGUCAGCAUAGCUUAUUGGAGUAGGGACCAAGUAGAAAUUGUCCAGUUCCUAUAGGAUCCAUGUGCAAGUGGGGAUAGGGCUAGGCAGCGUGAAAUGCGUUUAUUUUUUCAUGUGAUGGGAAAAUGAGAGCUAUUAAAUCAGCAAGUGGUUUGUAAUUAUGCGAAUUGUUUGAUAAUGAACAACGAAAUUUCAUUCAGUUUGGUCAAA